GUGAAGCCACGCCCACUUCAACAAAUCGACGCCAUUUGCAAUUAACAUUUUGCUUUCAGCAGUAACAAUCUACAGGUUUUAAAAAUUUCCCACUGUGUUUUGAUAAUUAAAACGCUAAUAAUGGCUCAAAUGCAAGCGAAACCUGAGCGGCUUCCACUACCGAUAGAAGUGGAAGAAGCGAAAAGCGACAAGUCGGACAGCGGAAUGGAAAACGAAUCUGUCGGGGAGUAUGAGGAAGAUGGAUUUUUCGAUGUGGAUUCUUUGCUGGAACACAAUAUUCCUGUCGAGGAUAUCAAGCAGCUCAAGAAAGUGGGGAUUAAUACCAUCAAAGGUCUCCAAAUGUGCACCAGCAGAAGUUUGGCGACUCUCAAAGGCUUUACACCGGCUACAGUCGAAAAAAUCAAACACGCUUGUGCGAUUAUCACCAAUGCCACCACUGAAAAUUGCUUCAUGACUGGUUUAGAAGUGUCCGCUCAGAGAAGGCACAUUUUCCAGUUGACUACUGGAAGCAAAAAUAUCAAUGCUAUUCUUGGUGGUGGUAUUGAAUCCAUGGCAAUAACGGAAGUAUUUGGAGAAUCUCGCUCUGGUAAGACUCAAUUGGCUCAUACUUUGUGCGUUACUGCUCAAUUGCCCAACGAAGCACAAGAAUAUCAAGGUGGAAAAGUGAUGUUUAUCGAUACUGAAAGCACUUUUCGUCCGGAUAGAAUCAAACCAAUUGCUGACAGAUUCGAACUGGACAGUUCUGGAGUUUUGGAAAAUAUUCUCUGUGCAAGAGCCUAUAAUUCAGAGCAACUAUAUGAACUUUUAACCAGCGCUGGUAAUGUGUUCCACAAAGAUCCCGGCAUGUUCAAGUUGCUAAUUAUUGACUCGAUCAUGGCUCCGUUCCGUGUGGAUUUUAUCGGUGCAGGCGAAAUGUCCGAGAGACAGACCAAAUUGGGAUUGAUGCUGUCGAAAUUGCAAAAAAUGAGCGAAGAAUACAACAUAGCAGUAUUUCUGACCAAUCAGAUUACCACCGAUAUGAGUCAGCCGCUUACUCUUUUGAAUAAUGCCGAAGUUAAACCGAUUGGUGGUAAUGUCUUGGCUCAUGCGACUACCACCAGGAUGGUGUUGAAAAGAGGACAGUUUCAAGAGCGUAUUGCGAAAAUUUAUGGCAGUCCCAAUUUGGAAGAACAAGAAACCAAAUUUGAUAUUACGCUUGGUGGCAUAACUGAUCCCAAACCACAAGAUGAAUAAAGUUUUUGACAAGUUAUUAUUAGUUUUUAAUUGUUAAUGAGCUCAUCGCCAUUUAAUAUUUUCUAGUUCUAACAAAGUUUGAUCGUUGAUUGAUGCUUAUUAUUCUAGAGUUUAGUCGUUGUAUUGUUCAUUAUAAUCUUUAGAUAAAUUAUUCCUAAAUAAAGUUGAUUUCUGUUUUAAUUUUGUGUUAUAUUUUCUUUGAUUAUUC